ACAACAAUGUUUCAAUACUACUUUAUCAUAUUUAACAUAAUUGUAACAAAAAAAAAAAAAAACUACAUUAUCAUAAUAACCAAUGAAUCGCUCUGUGAAAGUCGCAGUUAUAGGUGCAGGGGUUUCAGGCCUAGUCGUUGCUCGCGAGCUUAAACGUGAAAAUCACAACGUCGUCGUUUUUGAACAAAACAACCGCAUAGGAGGAAACUGGAUUUACGACCCGAAAACCGAAUCCGAUCCACUUAGCAUUGACCCGAAUCGCGAAACUGUACAUAGUAGCCUCUACAUUUCUCUACGCACCAAUCUCCCGAGACAACUUAUGAGCUUUCGUGAUUACCCGUUUGUAAGAUCCGAAUCCGACCCGAGAAUGUUUCCGGGUCAUGAUGAGGUGCUUCGUUUUUUAGACCGGUUUGCGGAUGAGUUUGGGAUUAAUGAGUUGACUCGGUUUGAUACGAGGGUGAUUCGGGUUGAACGAGGGGAAGAAGGGUGGAUAGUUGAGUCGUUGAGUCGAGGAUCCGAAUUGGUGACCCGGGAAGUUUUUGAAUCGGUUGUAGUGUGUUCGGGACAUAAUAGUUCGCCGAGAAUUGCAAAGAUUCCGGGUAUUGAAAAGUGGGGUGGGUAUCAAAUGCAUAGUCAUAACUAUCGUGUACCUGAACCAUUUCACGACCAGAUUGUGCUAUUAGUUGGAUAUGGACCUAGUGCUUUUGAUAUAGCAGUUGAUAUUUUAAAAGUAGCAAAGGAGGUUCACGUAGCAGUCAAAGAGAAUCCAUUCGGUGUUAAGUUCCAAAAUCUAAUAUAUCAUGAUAUGAUAAAAUGUGUGAACGAAGAUGGCUCAAUUGCCUUUCAAGAUGGAUCCUCAAUUUUUGCAGACACUGUGAUUCAUUGCACCGGAUACAGAUACCACUUUCCAUAUCUUGAAACCAAAGGAAUUGUAACAGUUGAAGAUGAGUGUGUUGGACCAUUAUAUAAGCACAUAUUUCCUCCAUCAUUAGCACCUUGGUUGUCUUUCAUUGGAAUCAUCAGCAAGGAACCUAUAUUUGCUAUUGUUGAAUUACAAGCCAUGUGGGUUGCAAGAGUUUUGUCUGGUAAGAUUUUGUUACCUACAGAAGAGGAGAUGAUGAAAUCUGUUCAAAAUAUCUAUGAUGAAAUGGAGAAGAAUGGCUUGCCCAAAACUUGUGCUCUUUCCCUUCGUCCAUUGCAGGGUGAUUACAAAAAUUGGUUGGCUGCACAAGUUGGGUUGCCUCCUUUGGAAGUGUGGAGGGAAAAUCUGUUGAUAGAGUGUUUCAAGAAAUUAGUUGCAUUGCCAACCAAAUACAGAGAUCAAUGGGAUGGUGCUUAUUGGGAUUCAAUCAUUCAAACUACAUCCACUCUCUAAAAUCAAGAAAGUAUUCAAUUUCUACCAUACUAGCUUGUUCAAAAAUUUCUACCAUACUAGUACAGUAUCAAAUAAAUGUUGUUGCCUCAAAUCUAUAUCCAAAUACAAAUGUUCAUAGUUGUCAUCAUAAUUCCUUUCACAAAAAUAAAUACACACACAAGUGUGCUGCUGGCUAAUACUUCUUACACACUAUGUGUUUUUGUUCUGUCUUGUGCAUUGGUGUUGAACAAAACAAAACAAGGACAUGGAUAUUCUACAGUUGCUGCACACGGUAGUUGUAGAGGAUUAUACAUAACAAUAUCACCCAUAUCUGCGGAUAUUCACCUGUCCCGUCCCGAUUUUGACGGGAAAAAACCGAUUUGGUCGGGUUUGAGUUUUCCCAGAAUUUAAAAGACGGGAGUAGGGCGGAUAAUUGAGACAUUGAUACCCAUUCCGAACUCGUUCCACUUAUAUAUAAUUAUAUUUUAUCUCCG